UGGGUCGUAUUGCCUGAUAUUUGACAUAAUGGAUUUUAAAUUACUUUGUCUUUUCAUCAUUGCCAUCCAGAAUUGUAUCAACGGCCCUGCUUUGGAACAAGGAUACAUUUCAUCCUCUGGCGGUCAGAAACGCGUUUCAAGCAAUAAAAUCGGAGACGGGAAGACAACAAAAUGGACCAGAAUCCGUACCGUGUGCAAUAACUGCGAAGAGACUCCCGAUCUAGCUACUAUACCAAUAAAUGUCUUUGACUAUUUUGACCCAUUCUGCGCCACUGACUGGAGAAAAUAUAUACAUAUAAAUGAAGCAUAUGCGCUGCCCCCUGAGAGUUGGAAGGAAUUUAUGGCAGACUGCCUCAUGCUGUUUACAUGGUUGCUGAACGAAUAUUACGACUGUAUCCUGAUACUCGGAAUCGCCUUUUUCAUCAAGAUGAUCCCCGAAAGAAGCUAUCUUAACAACUGGGAGGAUAUUAAGAUGAUGGGUUUAAUGAUUUGCACCUUCCUGUUCUUCGACGCGUUAUUUAAAGCCAUCACCCCCCACAUCAAGGUGUUGAUGGCCUUCGCGUUGGAGCCGUAUUCUGCGACCCUUGCGUGCUUGCUGUAUGCCAGUAUUACAGGCGCCACCAUUGCUUUCAUGUUUAGAAUGGCAGUCAGCUCAACAAAUGACAAACUGAGAUUAACAAAUGUCAGCGGACCAAACAUUAACAGAUGUUCCGCCGCAGUGGCCGCACUGUGCCCAGACGAGACUAAUCGCCAAAAACCACGGCGCCGUGAAAUCGGUGUACAACGGUUUCCAAAACCGACACCAAAACGCCAUUCAAGACCAUCGCCGACGGUAGUGGCUGCAAAGUGGAAUUCACCUAACCCUUUUGGACCAUCUGAUGGUUCAGCAUCUGAAGAUAGGGGAAUCAACAUCUUUACCAACAAUGACUGUCCGAAUCCCGGCCAUUUAUCUCGCUCUUUUUCUGCCGAUAUACUUGGCUCUAGGGUUCGGGUUAAACUACGACAAGAAAAUCCCCUUUGCUGCCAAAAUCUACGUUAUUGA